UCACACUCACUCGCUGUGUGUCUCGCUCUCCUACAUAGCCAGCAGCAGUGUGUGGUACAGUUUGACAGCAGCACUGUCUCUCCAAAGAAAGCUUAGCGCUCACUUUUUCUUUCUUAUUGCCGCUUUCAUUGUUUCCAGAUUCAGCAAGGAGGAGCGCAGUUCAUUUGGGCCUGUAACUGGAAUAAGAAAGCAUUGCUGUUUCUGACUGGGGAGAAGAAAGCGAGGACUCCUCUGGGUUUCCAAAGAGAUUUAAACUGGCAGCCUUAUUUCCAAGGCAUUUGAAAACAUCUAACUGGGUGUAUAGGAAAUCUUGAGGAGUUUGGCACUUUUGAUUCUCCAGUCUGAAGCUGCCCUGCUGUCAGUUUUCUUAUACUGGUGGGAAUACAAUUCCAUUCUCCUGGCCAUUGAAAUGUGUACAUCUGGCAGAAUGUUGGCACCUGCAUAAACUGUAAUGAAAAGCCUGUUCUCUGUCCUGAGACGACAACAACAGGAUGUACCUUGGGGGAAGGUCUCAGGGUAGAGAAUGUUCCACUGAUUUUCAAACCUGCAAACUCAGGCUCCUGAAUUCUCAAAGCAGUGUUUGGGGUUCAUAAAGGCUGUGAACACACUGCAUCAGAGAACUCAGACCAGACUGACUCACUGUGGCCUAUGAGCCAGUGAGAACAAGGCUGCAAAAAGAUGCUGGUGCCAAGCUGUCGGAUGAUGCACAUAGCCAGGCCAGUGGUGGUACUCCUGUGCUUCCUUCUCUUAGCAAAUGGUGAAACACCACCCAAGUUUACACGAACUCCCGAUGAUCAAACGGGAGUGUCAGGAGGUGUAGCAUCAUUCGUUUGCCAAGCCAUGGGAGACCCAAGGCCUAAAAUUGUGUGGAAUAAGAAGGGGAAGAAAGUCAGCAACCAGAGAUUUGAGGUAAUAGAGUUUGAUGAUGGAUCUGGGUCUGUGUUAAGAAUUCAGCCCCUGCGUACUCCUCGAGAUGAGGCUAUAUAUGAAUGUGUUGCCUCCAACAGUGUUGGAGAGACAAGUUCCUCCACCAGACUCACUGUAUUACGUGAGGACCAGCUCCCUUCUGGUUUUCCCACCAUAGAUAUGGGCCCACAAUUGAAAGUGGUAGAGCGCACGCGCACAGCCACCAUGUUAUGCGCAGCCAGCGGAAACCCUGAUCCAGAAAUUACCUGGUUCAAAGACUUCUUACCCGUUGACACGACUAACAAUAAUGGCCGCAUCAAACAAUUACGAUCAGGUGGUACACCAAUAAGAGGUGCCCUCCAAAUUGAGCAGAGCGAAGAAUCUGACCAGGGAAAAUAUGAAUGUGUUGCAACCAACGGUGCUGGUACACGAUACUCUGCCCCUGCCAAUCUAUAUGUCAGAGUACGGCGUGUCCCUCCAAGGUUCUCAAUUCCUCCGACAAACCACGAGAUCAUGCCGGGAGGCAGUGUAAAUAUCACAUGUGUGGCCGUGGGCUCCCCCAUGCCCUACGUGAAGUGGAUGUUGGGGGCUGAAGACUUGACUCCUGAAGACGAUAUGCCCAUUGGGAGAAAUGUACUGGAACUUACAGACGUGAGGCAAUCAGCCAACUAUACCUGUGUGGCCAUGUCAACUCUUGGUGUCAUAGAGGCUGUUUCACAAAUUACUGUGAAAGCUUUGCCAAAGCCUCCCGGAACCCCAGUGGUGACCGAAAGCACAGCCACAAGCAUUACACUGACAUGGGACUCUGGGAAUCCAGAGCCUGUUUCUUAUUACAUCAUCCAGCAUAGAUCAAAGUCUGAAGAGACAUACAAGGAGAUAGACGGGGUGGCCACCACACGGUACAGCGUGGGAGGCCUCAGUCCGUAUUCUGAAUACGAGUUCAGGGUGGUGGCAGUGAACAAUAUAGGAAGGGGCCCACCGAGUGAGCCGGUGGAAACCAGGACUGCUGAACAGGCCCCCAGCACCGCACCUCGCCAAGUAAUGGCGCGUAUGCUCAGUUCUACCACCAUCCUGGUCCAGUGGGAGGAGCCAGAAGAGGCAAAUGGACAGAUCCAAGGCUACCGAGUUUAUUACACCAUGGAACCCAGCCAGCACGUCAACAACUGGCAGAAACACAACGUGGGUGACACUCACAUCACAACCAUCAGUGGCCUCACUCCACAGAAAACCUACCAUGUUAAAGUGCUUGCGUUUACCUCUGUUGGAGAUGGGCCCCUCUCCAAUGACAUCCAGGUUAUAACUAAGACAGGAGUUCCAGCUCAGCCAACUAACUUCAAAGCCGAGGCAAAGUCUGAAACCAGCAUACUGUUAUCAUGGGUGCCUCCAAAAGGAGACUCAAUCAUUGGUUAUGAGCUUGUUUACAAAAAAGGGGAACAAGGAGAAGAGCAACAUGUCACUUUUGAGCCCGACACAUCCUACCUGUUGCAGGGACUGAAACCCUUUACAAACUACUUCUUCCGCCUGGCUGCCCGCUCCUCGUAUGGCCAGGGCGCUGCCACUACUGAGAUAUCAGCCGAAACCCCACAGACACAGCCCUCGGCUCCUCCACAAGACAUCAAGUGCACUAGCCCCAGCUCCACCAGCAUUCUGGUAAGUUGGCUGCCACCGCCAGUGGAACUACAGAAUGGAAUCAUUACCAAGUACUCUAUCCAGUAUGCCGCCAUCGAAGGAGAGGACACAAACCCUCAUCAUAUCUCAGACCUCUUCCCUGAAACCUCCCAGUACCUCUUGGAAGAGUUGGAAAAAUGGACCGAGUAUCGAGUGACAGUGAGCGCUCACACAGAGGUUGGACCGGGCCCUGAAAGCUUGCCCCAGCUCAUCCGCACCGAUGAAGAUGUUCCCAGCGGUCCCCCUCGUAAAGUCGAGGUGGAAGCUGUCAACUCCACAUCAAUUAAAGUCACUUGGCGUUCACCUGUCCCCAACAAGCAGCACGGGCAAAUCCGAGGAUACCAGGUGCAUUAUGUGAAGAUGGACAAUGGAGAGCCAAGAGGACAGCCCAUGAUUAAGGACAUCAUGCUUGCUGAUGCACAGUGGGAAUAUGAUGAUUCUACUGAACAUGUGAUGGUCAUUUCUGGUCUCCAGCCUGAAACAACAUACUCUGUCACUGUCACAGCUUACACAACUAAAGGAGAUGGAGCUCGCAGCAAGCCUAAGCUGGUGUCAACAACUGGUGCAGUUCCAGGAAGGCCUAGACUCCUUGUUAGCCCCACCCAGAUGGGGACAGCUCUAAUUCAGUGGCACCCACCAGUAGAGACCUUCGGGCCUGUGCAAGGUUACCGUCUCAAAUAUGGCCGCAAGGACACUGACCUCCUAACCAUACUAGAAUUUUCUGAAAAGGAAGACCACUUCACCAUCACAGACAUCCACAAAGGGGCCUCUUAUGUCUUCUGUCUUUCCGCCAGGAACAAAGUUGGCUUUGGGGAAGAGAUAGUGAAGGAGAUCUCUAUUCCUGAAGAUGUGCCGAGUGGCUUCCCGCAACACAUUGUUGCCGACAGCCCAACUUCGACCACUUUCCAGCUUAGCUGGCAGCCCCCGGUGCUGUCCGAUCAAAACGGUGUCAUUGUCAAAUAUACCGUGCUAUACAAAGAUAUUAACAGCCCUAACAACCCUUCUGAACUCAUUGUCAUGCCUCCGGAAACCACUGUGAAAAUCAAUGGUUUAAAAGCAGACACAACGUAUGAUAUCAAAGUGCGUGCAUAUACCAGCAAAGGGGCUGGCCCUUAUAGCCCAAGUGUCCAGUUCAGGACACAGCCACUGGAUCAAGCAGUGUUUGCAAAAAAUUUUCAUGUGAAAGCCGCAAUGAAGACAUCAGUGCUGCUAACCUGGGAGAUUCCAGAAAACUAUAACCCUGCCCAGCCUUUCACAAUUCUCUAUGACAAUGGACAAAGUGUUGAGGUGGAUGGGAAAGUCACGCAAAAACUGAUCACCAACCUUCAGCCGGGUACCCAGUACUCCUUCUUGCUGACGAAUCGAGGGAACAGUGCCGGUGGACUCCAGCACCGUGUUUCAACCAUGACUGCACCGGACGUACUACGCACUAAACCCUACUUCAUAGGGAAAACCAACACGGAUGGGAUGUUAACUGUUGAACUUCCUGCUGUGCAAACAACAGAGAAAGUAAAGGGAUACUAUAUAGUGGUGGUGCCUUUAACAAAACAACGUGGAAAGUUUAUCAAGCCAUGGGUCAGUCCAGAUGAGAUGAAUCUGGAGGAGCUACUCAAACAGAUUAACAGAACAAGCGGAAGCCUCCGGCUCAGGAGGCAGGCAGAGCCCAGAUCCUACAUUGCUGCCUACUUCAAAGAGCUCCCCACUGAGUUCACUCUCGGAGACCAAAAGAUCUAUGGUGACUUUGAAAACAAGCCGCUCCAAAAUGGUCAAGAAUAUAUCUUCUUUGUUUUGGCUGUUCUGGAGAUCUCUGAUAAUACAAUGUACUCUACUAGCCCAUAUUCAGAUCCAGUAGUUUCUGCUGACAUUGAUCCCCAGCCAAUCAUAGAUGAGGAGGAAGGAUUGAUCUGGGUGGUGGGGCCAGUGCUUGCUGUCGUGUUCAUUAUCUGCAUUGUCAUUGCCAUCCUUCUCUACAAGAGGAAAAGAGCAGAGUCUGACUCCAGAAAGAGCAGCAUUCCUAAUAGUAAGGAGAUCACCUCCCAUCAUCCCACAGAUCCUGUGGAACUCAGGCGCCUCAAUUUCCAGACCCCAGGCUCAGAUCUCUCCGGUUACCCUGGUAACCUCCAUUCGUCAAGUAUGGCAAGCCACCCCCCUAUUCCCAUCAUGGAACUUGCUGAUCAACUUGAAAGGCUAAAGGCAAACGACAAUUUGAAGUUUUCACAAGAAUAUGAGUCUAUUGAUCCAGGCCAGCAGUUUACAUGGGAGCACUCCAACCUGGAAGUUAACAAACCAAAGAAUAGAUACGCAAAUGUGAUUGCAUACGACCAUUCCCGGGUCCUGCUUUUUGCUAUUGAAGGUAUUCCUGGCAGUGAUUAUGUCAAUUCCAACUACAUUGAUGGCUACAGAAAGCAGAAUGCCUACAUUGCAACACAAGGUCCCCUCCCAGAGACAUUUGGUGACUUUUGGAGAAUGAUUUGGGAGCAACGCAGUGCCAAUGUUGUCAUGAUGACUAAGCUGGAAGAAAGAUCAAGGGUUAAGUGUGACCAGUACUGGCCCACAAGAGGAACUGAAACCUAUGGUUUAAUCCAAGUGACAUUACUGGAUACGGUAGAACUGGCAACCUACUGUGUUAGGACAUUUGCACUUUAUAAGAAUGGUUCUAGUGAAAAGAGAGAAGUGCGACAAUUCCAGUUUACAGCCUGGCCAGACCACGGUGUCCCUGAACAUCCCACACCAUUCCUAGCCUUUUUACGUCGAGUCAAAGCCUGUAACCCGCCAGAUGCUGGGCCAAUGGUUGUACACUGCAGUGCUGGCGUUGGCAGAACUGGGUGCUUCAUUGUAAUAGAUGCCAUGUUGGAGAGGAUAAAACACGAGAAGACUGUAGAUAUUUAUGGCCACGUUACUCUAAUGAGAGCUCAGAGGAAUUACAUGGUUCAGACGGAGGACCAAUACAUCUUUAUCCAUGAUGCACUGCUGGAAGCGGUGACGUGUGGAACUACAGAAGUGCCAGCCAGAAACCUGUAUGCAUACAUUCAGAAACUGACACAGAUAGAAUCGGGGGAGAAUGUAACUGGAAUGGAACUGGAAUUUAAGCGUUUAGCCAACACUAAAGCUCAUACAUCACGAUUCAUUAGUGCCAAUCUUCCAUGUAACAAAUUCAAGAACCGCCUUGUUAAUAUAAUGCCAUAUGAAUCCACAAGAGUAUGCCUACAGCCGAUCCGAGGGGUAGAAGGCUCGGAUUAUAUAAAUGGCAGUUUUAUUGAUGGAUAUAGACAACAGAAAGCCUACAUUGCCACACAGGGACCCUUAGCAGAGACUACAGAGGACUUCUGGAGGAUGCUUUGGGAGCACAACUCUACAAUUGUUGUCAUGCUUACAAAGCUCAGAGAAAUGGGGAGGGAAAAAUGUCACCAGUACUGGCCUGCGGAAAGAUCUGCCAGGUAUCAGUACUUUGUGGUGGACCCCAUGGCAGAGUACAACAUGCCUCAGUACAUCCUGAGGGAGUUUAAAGUGACUGAUGCUCGGGAUGGACAGUCUCGGACAGUAAGGCAGUUCCAGUUUACUGACUGGCCCGAGCAAGGAGUGCCAAAAUCAGGCGAAGGGUUUAUUGACUUCAUCGGCCAAGUGCAUAAAACAAAAGAACAGUUUGGGCAGGAUGGUCCAAUAUCAGUUCAUUGUAGUGCUGGUGUCGGGAGGACUGGUGUUUUUGUUACACUCAGCAUUGUCCUGGAGAGAAUGAGGUAUGAGGGGGUGGUGGAUAUCUUCCAGACUGUCAAAAUGUUAAGAACACAGAGGCCAGCCAUGGUACAGACAGAGGACCAGUACCAGUUUUGUUAUCGAGCCGGAUUGGAAUACCUUGGAAGCUUUGAUCACUAUGCAACGUAAAAGCCCAAUCCACCCUGGAUUUUACAGCAGGCCCUUUAAGAUCCAGAGAGCCCCUUCUGAGCCAUAAAUACAUGCUUGAGAAGUAGUUCUUAACUUCUAGCUAAAGACAAAUUAAGUGUGGAAUAUUAAAAAAUAAAAAUAAAAAUAAAAAAAUAUAUAUAUAUCUAUAUAUAGAUAUUCCAGGUGGACCAAGAAUUUACUAUUUAAUAACCUACCCUGAAUGAAACAGAAGAAUCCUGACUGUUGAGGCAUCUUUAAAGAAGUGUUUUUUUUUUGUUGUUUUUUUUUGUUUUUUUCCAUUUGCCUCAAGGAUUCAACUUGGGUUGAAAUUUUAAAAACAAAAAUCUUGGGAGGAGCAGUAACUGCUAUCAGGAUUGUUUUCAAACUGAAUGCACAUUGUAAAGGUAAACUUUGAUAGUACUGCAAUCAAGUGGGAAAGGACAUUUCUUUAAAUGGACACCACGUGUUGGUAAAUUACAAGAAGACGACACUGCUUCAACAAUACCCCCUUCCCAUCAUAAUGCUUAGAACUAAUUAUUGGGGAGAAACGGGGAAUGUUGAAAAAAAACAGUACAAAACAGAAAAACAAGUUAUUGAUUUAGUUUUUUUAGCACUGUAUUAUACUGCUGACCUGUGCUUCAUUUUUAAGUGUACACUCCCCCCCCCCCCCCCCCCUUUUUUUUUACGUGUUGCUUACAUUUUUUUUUUUUUGUAUUGAAUUCUUUUUUUUUUUAAUCUAGAUUUUUUUUUAAAGCUGUAGAACUGUUAAAUGUAAUAUCUGGCCGAGGAAAUGUUAAAUUUCAGUUUUCUGUUUUUUCUUUUUUAAUCCUACUAAACUUUUACUCUGAUGCGAGGUUUCUUUUGUCCCUUUUUUAAAACUGCCUCAUAAUGAUCAUGGGAUGAAGUGGGGCUUUGUGGAAUCAACAGGGAUGCGCAAAGUAUAAAGUUGCUGCUACCAAUUAUCUUAGUUCUUCCAUGUUAAGGUGGUGUAUACAGACAGCCUCUGAUUAGAUAUUUACUGGGGCAACUAUUUUAAAAUAGGCUUCCAUGAUGAGAUUUUGUAAUUAAGGGGAAGUUUUUUUUUUUGUUUGUUUUUUUUAACUGGAAUGCACAUCAGUAGGAUAAAAGAGAAUUCAAAUACAGUGAACCUUUUCUCGUGCAAUAACUAGCUAUAUUAUAAAUAGGAUUUAUGUAGUUAUUUUGUGAUUCAUUACACAAGUAUUCCCUAAAAAGAGGAUAGGGAGAUUGUCAUAGGUGCAGCAGUGAGUUCAGUGUAUUGUACUUGCAUUAUAUUGGUAGUGAUUUGUUCAGAAGGCUGCAUUAGUAUCGGUAAAAAGCCUACUUAGAUGUCAUUUUUGAUGUAAUAGGGCAAGUCAUACAAAAUAUCAUUCUCUUAAGUAUGGUGUUUAAUAGCAUAAUGUGUAAUGUUUUAAUUUUGCAUUUAGAGUGCCUUAUAUCUAAUCCCUGUUUGUUUUUAUAAUGUUCCUUUAAAGGUUUUAUGUAUCCUUAACUUAGUUCAUAUCUAUUUAAUUUUACUUAAAAUAUUACAAUUUAUUAGAUUAUAUGCAAAUUACCAUUCUCCUUUAUUGAUAGGUUUCUUUAGACCUUGUUUGGGCUACAUUUUAAAGGGAUAUAGUCCCACAUGCAGGUAUGGGACAUAUUUUACUUUACAGAAACAACAAGAAGGGAGGGUCUCUAUUAAUCAGGGUCAUACCCCCAUAAACUUCAUUAAUUCAUAUUUUAAACUAUUAAUUUAACAAUUAUAUUUUUUCUAAGCCUUUAGCAUUUAUUAGCUUUUUCGAAAAUGUAGACAUAUUUAUAUAUUAUAUUAGCAGCUUUGUUUUUUUGUCAGCAUGCUGCAGUUUAUGUCAGGGCAGUAAAGCCACAUAGAUAAGUUGCUAAACAAAACCAUUUGUUUGAAGGCAGAACUACAGCAGCUUUAUGACUGUUUGAAGAUCAAACCUUAGCAGUAAGAAGCACUUUUUAUACAUAUUACGGAAGGCUACCUCUAAAUGGACGCUGGAAAACAUUCAGUUGCACAGAGUGUGUUGCACUUUGUACAGUUUCACAGCUGAAAAAAAAGGCCUUACGAAAAGAACAAGGCAGUGGACAGAUUACAUUUCUUUGCACAAAUACAUAUCCUUUUGCAGAACUGGUCAGAGCCAAAUUAGAAAAAGAACAGCUGGAAUUUACUCAUAUUAGGAUCCUGACAAUCGAAGGUAGCCACUUGUACAGUAUGUUUGUUAAGUCUGCAGAUGCGCUUUGAAGCUUUUGCUGGGGGGGGGGGGGGGGGGGGGAAGGAUGCAUACAAGGCACCUUCAUUUAAUUCUACUUUAUUUAGUUUUGUAGAUGUGCAUUCCAGUUGCUCCUUUCCCAUAUUUUUUUUUUCAGCAAUAUCAGUUUCUGCAAGUCACUUAAAUAAUCUGGGUCACAUUUGGGUGUAGGUAACAUAUAUAAUUUUGUUAAAUUCAGAAACCUCAGUGUACAUGUGUACUGGUCCAGUUCUUUCUUUCUUUUGGGUGGGGGUGGGUAUGCAUGGUGAUACAUUGCAGAAGGCCACUGGGGGCCCUUUAGGAAGAGUUGCACUUUCUAUAUCUUUGUACUAUGCACUGCCCUAUUGAUUCUAAACCCAAUAAUAUAUUACUUGAACCCAUCUGUAAGACUUUACUUAAACGUUCACUCUUUGUGUGUAUGUAAAUAACACAGAAUAUCAAACAAAAAAACAACUAAAUGAAUUUAUGGCAAAAGAGCAUCCAUGUCUGGUGCCAUGAUACUCCAGCAGAAGACUGCGGAUUUUGUCAUAACCAUCUGUUAUGUGACUUUGCCAUUUAAGCUUGGAGUGUCAUUACAAAAAUAAACGUUAUGUUCUCUGCUCUCUCUAUCUAUCUCUCGUCUGGAUGCAUAGACUGAAAAUAAUAAAUGAAAUUGUAAAAAAAAUGGCUUGUUAAAAGAAUCUUACAAUUACCUCUGAUUAGUAGUACACGUAAAUGUUUUUUCAGAAUGAAAGGAGUGCUUUUUAUUUUCUUACUUAGGUUACAUUGGUGGUGAAAGAAGUCUAUGAAAAUCAGUUCUUUGCUGACACAAGUUCCAUUUGUUACAAAUGAAUUCUAAUAAAAAAAAAUGUCAGUGUUACGCA